UUCAGGCCAGGCAGGAAUGGACAGAGUUUGUACAAGCCAAAAAUAAGUUAUUCAAGAAUGUACAAAUAAUGUUUUCAUAAUGAUAUCACCAUACCAUGAAGAAAUAUCGUCCAUCCAUCUGAUAUUGUGCUGCUCUUCUAAAUGGUUGCUGAGUUGAAAGGAUGUCAUUGAGAUGCGUCUGAUGUCUCGUCGCUCCUGCUUUAGGACUCUCCUCUUCCUCUUAGCAACAUCUUCUUUCAUCACAUUCACAUUCCUCCUCCGUUGCCAUGGGGGCUCCAGGCCCGAAGACGAGGCAAAUGCAGACCUCCUCAUAGCAGCCCGCGGUAACAUUGGCGAAGUCGGCAACACCAUCAUCGAUAUCAACAGCAUUGACUCACGACCGGAAGACAUCCCAUCUCGGCGCCACAUUGCAGAACACCGCCAGGAUGUGCAGCUCCAGCAGCAAACCCAGCCGAAGCAGCAACAGACACAGUCCCAGCAGAAGCAGCUGGCGUCGCAAUCGCUGCAGAAGCAGCAACAGACACACUCCCAGCAGAAGCAGCAGAUAUCGCAAUCACUGCAGCAGCAACAUCAAGAGAUGCAGCCACAGGAGCAACGCAGACAGGAGACCUACAUCAAGUACCAAGAGCCACAAUUGCCACUCCACCAGUACAAGGAGAUUGACUGCGUUGUCAACAGUGACUAUACCGUCCAGGGAAGGCUGGAGAAUGGGGAGGUGUAUCUGCCAUUCUCCUUCAUCCACAAGUACUUUGAGAUACAGGGUCAAGUUGUACAGUAUAAUGGUAUUGAGAGGUUCGAGUGGCAGCAUAGCAAUGCCAAGAUUUAUGUCCAAGACCCCUACAGGGUCGAUGGUGUCUUCAUGUCCUUCCAUCACUACCACGUGGAAUCAAGAGACAGAGUCAAAUACUUCAGUGGAGUUGAAGUCAAGAAACCCAACCAAGGUGGAAUCAUCUGUCAUCACUUCUUCAUCGGUGUUGGUAAAUUUGUAGAACAAGAUCUCAUGUUCGUCUGCCACCUGUGUACCUAA